CUUCAUGUGUGUGAAACAGUUGUCAAAUCCGACCGUGUCGGUGCGUAAACAGCCUUGGAGACAACUUGCUUUAGAGACGCACUCCUGUGCGUCUGGCUCUGACAUCAUCGCCUAUGAAGUUACAGAUAUGGCAAUGUCAGUCUUGGAGGCAGUCUAGUCUUCUUGAAGCGGCCGGACUACAGACACCACCAUCAUGUCGCUUACCUGGUCGGCAAAAGAUCACAAAAACUCGAAUCCAAGCGCUGGAACGGGACAGAAGCGACAGCGGAACGACGCAGGGAACAAGGCGACGGUGGUGCUCGGCGCGCAAUGGGGAGACGAGGGCAAAGGGAAAGUGGUUGAUUUAUUGGCGACUGAAGCUGACGUUGUCUGCAGAUGCCAGGGGGGCAACAAUGCAGGACACACAGUAGUAGUGGAUGGCAAGGAAUACGACUUCCACCUUCUGCCGAGUGGAAUCAUCAACCCCAAAAGCAUAUCCCUUAUUGGCAAUGGUGUGGUCAUACAUUUGCCUGGUUUGUUUGAGGAGGGUGAUAAAAAUGAUAAGAAAGGUCUGAAAGGGUGGGAGAAGAGACUCAUAGUCUCAGACAGAGCCCACAUUGUGUUUGAUUUCCACCAGGUCGUUGAUGGAUUGCAGGAAACUGAAAGACAAGCACAAGAAGGAAAGAACAUUGGAACAACCAAGAAGGGUAUUGGACCUGCUUAUUCCAGUAAAGCAUCCCGCACUGGCCUGCGUGUAUGUGACCUUCUGGGUGACUUUAAGGACUUCUCUACCAGAUUCAAGAACCUCGUCCACCAGUAUCAAUCCAUGUAUCCAUCUUUGACAGUUGAUGUGGAGGACCAACUGAAAAAACUCAAGGACUAUGCUGAGAGAUUGCGGCCGAUGGUUAGAGACGGGGUCUACUACAUGUAUGAAGCUCUUCAUGGACCUCCAAAGAAAAUUCUGGUUGAAGGGGCCAACGCUGCUCUCCUUGAUAUUGACUUUGGCACAUAUCCGUUCGUGACAUCAUCAAACUGCACAGUGGGCGGGGCAUGCACUGGUCUGGGCAUCCCUCCUCUGAAUAUUGGUGAUGUAUUUGGUGUAGCAAAGGCCUACACUACCAGAGUGGGAAUUGGAGCCUUCCCCACAGAGCAACUCAAUGCUGUAGGGGAGCUUCUGCAGACAAGGGGUCAUGAGGUGGGUGUAACCACAGGAAGGAAGCGACGCUGUGGUUGGUUGGAUCUUGUGAUUGUCAGAUACGCUCAUAUGAUCAAUGGAUUCACCGCAAUCGCUUUGACAAAACUUGACAUUCUGGAUGUGUUGGAUGAAAUUAAAGUUGGAGUUGCCUACAAACUCAAUGGGAAGAGAAUUCCCCAUUUCCCAGCCAACAUGGAUGUUUUACAAAAAGUGGAGGUUGAAUAUGAAACCUUCCCUGGAUGGAAGACAGACACGUCAGCUGCCAGGAAGUGGAAUGACCUCCCAGCCAAAGCACAAAACUACAUCCGCUUCAUUGAGAAUCACAUUGGAGUUCCCAUUAAGUGGGUCGGUGUCGGCAAGUCCAGAGAGUGCAUGAUCCAGAUGUUCUAGUGGAAAAACUGUAUCUCCCCUCAGCGGAAGCACAGAAAAUGGGACAUGAAUUGGAAUAUUUUAAUUGCUUGAUUUUAUCUGUUACCCAUCAGUUAAUAAAGAAAAUAUCUGUGUAACUUA